GUGUUCCUAGGAUCCUGAUCCUGAUCUCUGUCCAUAAAUACCGUCAGGCGCCUACGGGCCACGGUCGCCGCAAACGGGCCAAUGUCCAUCUUUGUUCCCACCGUGAACAAACUGCGUCGCUCCGGCAUAUAGCCAGAGUCUCGUGCACAAUGCACGACCUUCGUCAGAACCACGAUAUAUACCUGCCCUGGCCCUCCUAACUACCACUUGCUCUUUCCCACCUCGCCAGACUGACCGCACAUGCGUACCAUGGCCUUGGUCCUGGGGAUGCUCUGCAUGUCCGUUCAGUUUGCAUUGGGACAGAUGGCCAACGUCGCGUCGCCAUCUGCAGAGUUUGAGGUUCUUGCCAAAACCCAGGACAGUCCGGAUGUCUUGGACGCGAUAACGUCGUCCGCUCCGGUGUCGUCCAUUGAGGAUGUUCCGUCGACAUCGUCCACGAGGUCGUUUUCCUCGACGAGCAAGUCGCGUGCAUCACUCAGCAAACCCACUCCCGCCGCAGGUGCCGCUGCCGAUUCAGGCAGCAGCUUGUCGCAACAACCGCAGGCGGUCACUCUCAAUCGCACCAGCACAUCGCACUCCGUACAGCGGCCGCUCCCCACCGCUCCCUCGCCCGAAUCCUUCCCGCACACCCAGCCGCUGCCGCCCCAGCAUCCCCAGCCGGUACGGCACCCGCACCAGCCCCCAGCACGGCACAGCAGCAACAAGAGCGGGCUGAUCGUCGGGAUCGUCUUCGGCGUGCUCGGCGGCAUCGUGGGCUGCUUCGUGCUCUUCGCGCUCGGCCGGUGCGUGAACAGCUGGCGCCGCACGCCCUCGCGCGACCGCGUGCGCUCGGUGGUCGAUCGGCACUACCUCGAGCAGGAGAUGCAGGAGCGCGAGCGCGAGGACAUUGAGAGACGCGUGCGCGCCGCCAUACACUUCCGCCGGCCGAAACCGCCCCCACCACCCCCAUACCAGCAUGCGCCUGCAUACGACCAGGUCGUCGCCGCGCCCGAAGCAUGUCGUGAGCCUACACCACCUCCACCCCCGACGCCAACGGAAUACUCGCCGCCGACAGUCGCGCCACCACACUCGCCCUCAUGAUACAUCUUGCAUGCUCUGUCUUCCCUCGCUGUCGUUCUUUCUUGCAUAGCAUACUUCGUUCCCGUACAUCUCGC